AUGGCACACCACCGCAACCAGUCCGUGGCUGCCAAUGCCCUCGACCACCUGUCGACCGGCGGCGCCAUCGAAUGGCUCGCCAAUCUCGAUACUGCUUACAAGCCCGAGAGGAACCUGCGAAGGACAUCCAUCAUCUGCACAAUCGGUCCCAAGACCAACUCGGUCGAGGCCAUCAACAAGCUGAGGACUGCGGGUCUCAACGUGGUCCGCAUGAACUUCUCCCACGGAUCGUACGAGUACCACCAGUCCGUCAUCGACAAUGCCCGCGCCGCCGAGAAGGCCCAGCCUGGCCGUCAGAUCGCCAUUGCUCUUGACACCAAGGGUCCUGAGAUCCGUACUGGCAACACCAAGAACGACGAGGAUCUUCCCUUGAAGGCCGGCACCAUCAUGAACAUCACCACUGAUGAGAAGUACGCUACAUCUUGUGACACUGAGAACAUGUACGUUGACUACAAGAACAUCACAAAAGUCAUUGACGUUGGCAAGAUCAUCUUCGUGGAUGACGGUAUCAUUGCCCUCGAGGUCCUCGAGAUCGUCGAUGACAAGACCAUUAAGGUCAAGGCCAAGAACAACGGCUUCAUCAGCUCCAAGAAGGGUGUCAACCUGCCCAACACGGAUGUCGAUCUACCCGCUCUGUCCGAGAAGGACAAGAACGAUCUCCGCUUUGGUGUCAAGAACAACGUCGACAUGGUGUUCGCCUCUUUCAUCCGCCGAGGCCAGGAUAUCAAGGACAUUCGUGAGGUUCUUGGCGAGGACGGCAAGCACAUUCAGAUCAUUGCCAAGAUCGAGAACAGGCAAGGUCUGAACAACUUCAAGGAGAUCCUUGACGAGACCGAUGGUGUCAUGGUGGCCCGUGGUGACCUGGGUAUCGAAAUCCCCGCCGCUGAGGUGUUCGCCGCCCAGAAGAAGCUCAUUGCCAUGUGCAACACAGCUGGCAAGCCCGUUAUCUGCGCCACGCAAAUGCUUGAGUCCAUGAUCAAGAACCCCAGGCCCACUCGUGCCGAGAUCUCCGAUGUUGGCAACGCCGUCACGGACGGUGCCGACUGUGUGAUGUUGUCCGGUGAGACUGCCAAGGGUUCCUACCCCAACGAGGCCGUUCACGAGAUGCACGAGGCUUGUCUCCAGGCUGAGAACACCAUCCCGUACGUACAACACUUCAACGAGCUGUCCACGUUGGCCAAGCCUCCUGUGAGCAUCGUCGAGUCUUGCGCCAUGGCCGCCGUCCAGCAGUCCCUCCGUAUCAACGCCGGUGGUAUCCUCGUCCUGUCGACCUCCGGUGACAGCGCCCGUCUGCUCUCCAAGUACCGUCCCGUCUGCCCCAUCUUUAUGGUGACCCGCAGCGCGACCACUUCCCGCAACGGUCAUCUCCACCGUGGCGUCUACCCCUUCUAUUUCCCUGAGGAGAAGCCUGACUUCACCAAGGUCAACUGGCAGGAGGACGUCGACCGCCGCAUCAAGUGGGGUAUCUCCAAUGCGUUGGACCUCAACGUUAUCAGCCGUGGCGACACUAUCGUGGUUGUUCAGGGCUGGAAGGGCGGCAUGGGCAACACCAACACGAUCCGUAUCGUCAAGGCCGACCAGCACCUCGGCAUUGGUCAGCUUGAGUAG